AUUUUUUUUUUUCAUUUCAGAGAAUUGGAGAUGAGUGUGUUUGAAGAUACAGCUAGUGCAAGCUUUGAGGUUUGCCGGGUCAACAAGGGUACAAAGUUUGGAAAAGGAGGGUCGACUUUCCGUCUCCACGAUUUCUUCGGGAAAACCGGGGAUGAAAAUGAAUUCUAUCGUAGUCUCGACCGUCUGGAAGCAGCUGCGAAAAUUUCCAGCUACAUCCAGUCUUCUUACGAGGAAACUGUUGGAGAUAUGCUGAAGAAACUAACACUAGCGUUGGACGGGGAAAUUGACAAGGUCAUGGAGCAAUGGGACAAUGAAGGGAAUGAAACUGAGAAGCAGGUGCCCACAUUUGGCCUGAACUUUGGUAUGUCGAACUCUGAGGAAACAUCCUGGAAAUUAAGCUAA